AAAAACUAAGCAGAUCAGGUGGUCAUCUCCACCUACCGAUCUGCUACCCGAAAUUACAAAAUUCCAGAGCCGGCGAAAACGCGUGAGGUAUCGUGUUUCCCCGCUCAAUCACCUCUAUCUCCGUAGAGAUCGAGAAGAGAAGAAAGGCGAAGGAUCAAAUUGCUUCGGUGAAUCGGUGGAGAGAUGUGCUGUGACGAUUGCGAGUGCCGGCCCCUUGGAUGGCUCUUAGGCCUUCCCUUCGCCCUCCUCGCCCUAAUCGUUUCCCUUGUCGGCGUUCUCAUAUGGAUUGUCGGGCUAUUACUAUCGUGCAUAUGCCCUUGCUGCCUCUGCGUUACGAUUGUGGUUGAGAUAGCGAUCGAGCUGAUCAAGGCUCCUAUACAUGUUAUGCAGUGGUUCACUGCCCAGAUCCCCUGUUAGAGUUUAUUAUGCUGAAUCCAACUUCUUUUUACUUGUUCUGUUUAUGGAUAAUGACUUGUUAUUCUUUAUAAAACGUCUUCGAUCUAUCUGUAAGCUUUUUUUUCUUCUAAACAGUUGAUGUUUUGUGGUGUAAUAUCUUUGGUAGUUAAGAUGUUUGAUGAUUUUCCUGUGAGAGAAAAAAAAUUAUAUACAGCAGUUAGUUUCUUCUUUCAA